AUGCUCUGCAGGAUCACCUUGGUUGCCUUCUCCGCCUCGGGUUGGAUCCUCUUUGCGGGCCACAACAAUUUCAACUGCAACGUCUGGGACACCCUGAAGGGCAAAAGAUUAGGUGUUCUGGCCGGCCAUGAGAACCGCGUCAGCUGUAUUGGCUUCUUUUCUGACCAAAUGCCACUUUGUGCAGGCCGCUGGGAUAGCAUGCUCAAGGUCUGGGCAUGA